UCUUACCCUCUCCCCGCUCCGUCAGAGCGGCGAUGGCGGCCAAGUGGCGUGUGGUGCUCUUCGACCUGGGCGGCGUCCUUCUCGGCACCGGCUUACCGGGGCUCUUCCGGCGCUUCGAGCAGUCCCUGGGCCUGUCCCAUGGUUUCUUCCAAAAGGUCAUCCAGCAUGGUGACCUUGAUGGACCUUUUUCCCGAGUGAUGACUGGCCAGAUUGGACUAACGCAGUUGAUUGCCGAGUUUGAAGAAGACUGCAAGAAAGUUGCUGCAGCUUCUGGAAACUCCCUCCCAAAAACGUUCUCCGUGGCUCGGAUCUUUGAGGAAAUGGCGACCGGAGACAGCUUCAACUCACGCGUUCUGCAAGCUGCUCUGAUUCUCAAAAACAACGGCUUCAAGAUCGCUGUCCUGACAGACAACUGGAUUGACGACACCCCUGACAGGCACCGCACGGCGUUUGCCUUCUGCCUGCUGAGGCGACACUUCGACAGGGUGAUCGAGUCGUGCCGUCUUGGUCUGCAAAAACCAGAUCCCAGGAUUUAUGAGUAUGCGCUGGCUGAGCUGAAGGCAAAACCCGAGGAGGUUAUUUUUCUGGAUGACAUUGGGGCGAACUUGAAGCCUGCACGGGCGAUGGGGAUCACCACCAUCCUUGUGAAAGAUGCUGACUCCGCCGUAAAGGAGCUGCAGGAGCUGACGGGCGUUCAGCUUCUUGGCCAGGAAGAAAACUUGCCUCUCGCUUGUGAUCCAGAGAAUGUGGCCCAUGGAUAUGUAACCAUCAAGCCUCAGACCCAGUUGCACUUCGUGGAGAUGGGUAGUGGGCCGGUCGUUUGCCUCUGCCACGGCUUCCCCGAGUCCUGGUUUUCUUGGAGGUACCAGAUUCCUGCUCUAGCGGAGGCCGGCUUCCGUGUCAUUGCCUUGGAGAUGAAAGGCUACGGAGACUCCACAGCGCCAGUGGCUAUAGAAGAAUAUUCCCAGGAAGAAAUAUGCAAGGAUUUGGUGGUCUUCCUGGACAAAAUGGGCAUCUCCCAGGCCACCUUCAUCGGCCAUGAUUGGGGCGGAGCCACUGUGUGGCUCAUGGCUCUUUUUUAUCCAGAACGUGUCAAGGCUGUGGCUGGGCUCAAUACUCCCUACAAACCUGCAAAUCCCGAAGUGGAUAUAAUGAAGCUGCUGGAAUCCGUUCCUGUCUUCGAUUAUCAGCUCUACUUCCAGAAGCCGGGCGUAGCGGAGGCUGAAUUGGAAAAGGACGUGAGGAGGACCCUGGAGAUCAUGGUGCGGUCGAGCAAGAAGGAGGACCGUAUGGCGGGCGUUUCUGUGGACGUCAGCAGCGUGCGGAAGCGAGGUGGGCUGCUGGUGGGACUUCCUGAAGACCCUCCCCCAAGUUCGCUCCUGCCGGAGCCUGUGCUCCAGUACUACGUCCAGCAGUAUCGAAAAUCUGGAUUCAGGGGGCCACUGAACUGGUACCGAAAUUUGCAGGCCAACUGGAACUGGGAUGCCUCGGCCCGAGGCAGAAAGAUCAGAGUUCCUGCUUUGAUGGUUACGGCUGGGAAGGACAAAGUUCUCCAUCCGGGUAUGAGCAAAUACAUGGAGGAGUCGAUUCCACAUCUUAGUCGUGGACAUAUUGAAGACUGUGGACACUUCACACAAAUGGAGAGGCCGGCAGCUGUAAACAAGAUUCUGAUUGAAUGGCUGAAGGAGGUUCACAAGGACACGUCGAUGCAGACCGCUGCCAAGCUCUGAGCAGAACUUCAGCCCCCGUCCUGACUGAAUUGCUGCCAGUUGGUUUUGGGGGGCUUGGGGGGGGGGGGUAGGAGAAGUUCACGGAGGAUUUGUUCUGGAGCUCUCUCUGCCUCAUUGCUUUGAGAAAUGAAAUGUAUUUUCAUGUUGAUGACGGGUGGAAAGCUGUUGUAUUGGAAGGGGGAUGCAUUAUUAGCAACAGAAAAUGGACUAAAUAUCACAUUUAAGAGCCCAAAUGGCUGCAAGAAAGGCCAAUGCUAUUUUGGGCUGCGUUAAUAGAAGUAGAGCUUCCAAAUCGCGUGAGGUACUGGUUCCUCUCUAUUCAGCCCUGGUUAGGCCUCAUCUAGAGUAUUGCGUCCAGUUCUGGGCUCCACAAUUCAAGAAGGACGCAGACAAGCUGGAGCGUGUUCAGAGGAGGGCAACCAGGAUGAUCAGGGGUCUGGAAACAAAGCCCUAUGAAGAGAGACUGAAAGAGCUGGGCAUGUUUAGCCUGGAGAAGAGAAGAUGGAGGGGAGACAUGAUAGCACGCUUCAAAUACUUAAAAGGUUGUCACACAGAGGAGGGCCAGGAUCUCUUCUCGAUCCUCCCAGAGUGCAGGACACGGAAUAACGGGCUCAAGUUAAAGGAAGCCAGAUUCCAGCUGGACGUCAGGAAAAACUUCCUGACUGUUAGAGAAGUACGACAAUGGAACCAGUUACCUAGGGAGGUUGUGGGCUCUCCCACACUAGAGGCCUUCAAGAGGCAGCUGGACAACCCUCUGUCAGGGAUGCUUUAGGGGGGAUUCCUGCAUUGAGCAGGGGGUUGGACUCGAUGUCCUUGUAGGCCCCUUCCAACUCUGCUUUUCUAUGAUUCUAUGAUUCUAUGAAAUGCACCAUCCUGGAAAAAUGCGUAUACGCCACAUGAGGUUUUGCUAUCUCUUGGUCCUCAGCUCCUUUGACGCUGCCGAAACUUAAUAGGAGGGAGAAGAAAAUUAACUUUAAAUGUCCAAGGAAACUCACCGGAGCCCGGUUGAGACAUUGCAUUCCUUAUCCAGUGCAACAUGAUGUCUUAGAUUGGCUGUGAGCUCCAGUCCUCCUCCUCCUCCUUCUCGUGCAACAAGCUUCAUAGAAUCAUAGAAUCGCAGAGUUGGAAGGGGCCUACAAGGCCAUCGAGUCCAACCCUCUGCUCAAUGGAGGAAUCCACCCUAAAGCAUCCCUGACAGAUGGUGGUCCAGCUGCCUCUUGCAUGCCUCCUGGUUUGCGAAGGCUGCAGGUGGAACCCUGAUUUGCAAUCCUCAUCUCUAGGGUGUGCAGUCAAGGGGAAAGUGGUUUAGCAAAGCCAGGAGGGUCUCCUCUGGAGCCGAGGGAGAGGGAGGACCUGAACGUCGUUCUUGUUCCAGAUCCAACAGGCCACGCUUUGCUCACUGAAUUGGAAUGCGGUUUCUCAUCCUUGGGGCUUGAUUCAGGUUUUUUAAAAAAGUUUUAUUUCGUUUUGGGUUUUUGCAAUGGGCCUUCUCAUUGCAAAAGAAGUGGCUUGCGUUUUUUGAGUGAUCAUUGUUGCAUCUGCCGCCUUUAUGGGCUCAACAGUAACUGCUGGGCUUCGGUUCUUUAAUCAGCCAAUGACACUAGAGAGACAGACCCAAACAGUGCUUCUGCUUAGUGCACAUGCAGAGAGACAGCAAGGAGGUGGCCCUUCUGAUCUUCCUGUCUCUCGCAGAAGGAUGAGGACCGUGGACCACAGGAAUCCGCCUCUACGGAAUUCAGCCUUGUCAUGGGUUCAUCCAGCCCAGGAUUUUCUCUUCUUCCUGGCAGGGAUUUUCUGAGGCAAAGGCCUUUCCCAGCCUGGGUACCAGAAGCCCUUUCACCUGGCCUGUGUACCCGCUUUGAUUUUGCAGGAGUACACGCCGUGCUACCCAGGUGCCAAAUUCAGCUUCCUGAUUAUGUUGGCUUCAUGAAUUCAGCUUCCUGAUUAUCUUGGCUUCAAUAUAACAAACACACAGAGCUUCCUGGUUAUUUUACUUUCAAUAUAGGUAUUGGUAUCUUGGCAUCAAAUAUAUGCGCCAAGAUAAUCAGGAGAGACUGAAAGAACUGGGCAUGUUUAGCCUGGAGAAGAGACGAUUGAGGGGAGACAUGAGAGCACUCUUCAAAUACUUCAAAGGUUGUCACACAGAGGAGGGCCAGGAUCUCUUCUCGAUCCUCCCAGAGUGCAGGACACGGAAUAACGGGCUCAAGUCAAAGGAAGCCAGAUUCCAGCUGGACAUCAGGAAAAAUUUCCUGACUGUUAGAGCAGUACGGCAAUGGAAUCAGUUACCUAGGGAGGUGGUGGGCUCUCCCACCCUAGAGGCCUUCAAGAGGCAGCUGGACAACCAUCUGUCAGGGAUGCUUUAGGGUGGAUUCCUGCAUGGAGCAGGGGGUUGGACUCGAUGGCCUUGUAGGCCCCUUCCAACUCUGCUAUUCUAUGAUUCUAGGAAGCUGAAUUUAUUGAAGCUAAGAUAAUCAGGAAGCUUCCUGAUUAUCUUGAAGCCAAGAUACAUACAUACAUCUGAACGAUACGCUCGCAAGUGGUGGUUGGGCCAUGCCUGCUGAAAUCUGAGAAGCAGGGAGGUGGUUGAAUGAGAUGUUCAGGGAUUAAGGGCGGGACAAGGGGGGACGGCUACUGGGCCCUGUCUCUUCGCUCCUCCCCAUGACUAGCAAAACAGGAACAAAUCGGGCAGAAUAAGAGAUGCGAGACAAAUUCUUGGAUUCUGAAUUUGUAUUCAGAAUUUUUAUCACACUGCCCUGCCUAACUUCGGCUAUUGGGCAGUAUAGAAAUAAAAUAAACAUAAAAUA